AUGGACGAUGAAUCCGGCUGGUUUUUAUGUUUCUGGAUUCCAGCGCUACGCUCCUUUCGCGACGACGAAGACGACAGUGAGGCGACGCCGCUGAAGCGACGGACCUCGUCCAGAAGACAGAAGUCGAAGAGGUAUGGCAUCAGUAUCAGCACCAAGGAGACCAUACACGAGCGCUACCUGAGAAGACAAAAGUUGUGUGAACAGAGGCUAAAGGUGGGCAAUGAGGAUUUGUAUACUAUACAGGGUGGUGAAAAAGUUUGUAUUAAAUUUUAAUACAGGUUGAUAUUACAGUAGAUAAACUAUUAUUGAUUAUAUUGUUGUAGGUACUAUAAUAUAUUGUUAGAUACAGGACCUUUGAAUACUUUAUGUUAGAAACUGUAUUAUCGGUUACAUUGUUGUAGCUACAGAUGACUUCCUCAUCCUUUUUUAACAAUUUUCUAUUGAUUAUAUUAUUGUAGAUAUCAGACUGGUGUGUGUAUCUAGCCUUGGCUGGCCUAGGCCUGGGUGUAAUCGAUGUCGAGUACUCCGUGGCCAUAUUCGGCCGGUCGGAGAUGGCCAACGAGCAAUCGGUGCCAGGAGAGUUCGUAUCUCACUUCAUCCGCAUAUUAAUCAUCUUCCUGACCUUCGCUCUUGACUUUCUGGUGUUCUGUCAUCAUUGGACUGAAGUGGCCGUAAGUGCUUGUUAAGUUUCUGAUUACUUUUAGGUAUAUUUUUGCUUCAAAAAAAUUUGCGAGAAUGGAGGUUUUUCGCUUUUAUUUGGUACUAUUUAUGCUUCUAGAACCCUGUUUGAACAAGCUAUUACAAUAUCAUUACAAAAACAAAGUUAUAAACAUAAUAGUAUAGCCUUAUAAUCUCACAUACACUUACUUUCAGAUCUUAUCAGCAGAUACAGGUCAUCAAGUGAUAGGAAUGAGUAUAAAGCGGAAGCUGAAGUUGUGUUUGGAGCUGAUGAUAUGCUCCUUGUGUCCAUUCCCAGGCCAUUUACAUGUUGAUUGGCCGGUGCUAAAUCAGAGUAUUAUUAUGAACAAACGUGCUCACAUUCCGCUCAACGUUCUGCUUACCGUGCCAAUGUUUCUGAGGCUGUACUUGGUUGGUCGGAACAUGAUUUACCAUUCUAUGAUCAUUCAGGUAUCUUUAUAUUAUUGUUUUAAUGGGUUUUUGGUCAAAAAGUACGAAGGAUUAAGGAUUUUUUGGAUAUUUUUUGGACUUCUACGUACCUUUUGACCAAGCAUAAGAUAUGGUAUAUGGUUUUGAAACCCGUAUUUAUACUCAAAUAUUUUCAUACUGUAAUGUGCUUUAAAGUCAUUGUCUUACCAUGUUAUAGGACGCAGCCACUCGUGCCAUAGCCUCAUUCAAUCGAGUAUCGGUCGACUUCCCUUUCGUACUCAAGAGUAUCAUAUGUGAUCGACCACUGACCUUUGUGGUUACAGUAUCCCUCACCUUCUGGGGCUGUGCCAGUUGGAUUAUGACGCAAUGUGAGAGGUAUGCCUCAGGCAAUCUCUACAAUACGAUCCAUUACCUAAGUGAUUAUGCUUGGUUCGAAGCUGUGGUAAGUCGUAUUGUACUUGAUUUGUAUAGUAUUAGUUUGUUCAAAUAAUCCUGCGCCUCCUCUCAAAGGAAAUUUUUGGGAUUUGGGGGCACAGAAUUAUUUAAAUAACCUAAUAAAAUGGUUGUGUAAUAGAGUGUUACAUCUAAAUAUGGUUGCUCUACAAACUUUUUGACCGAUUUUAUGCAGAUUUUUAAUUAUUUUCGACUAAAUUUUUUACCAAAAUAUAGCAAUAUACAACAUGUUAUGUUAUGUAUGACCAACACAACUAUUGAUAACAAAAUAUUUAAAGAAUUUAUUUUCUAUGUUUGACAUUUGUGAUGAAUGACAAAGACACGUCAUGUUCGUACAUGCUCUUUUUUAUAUAUAUCUGCGAGAUUAUAUCUAUAACUUUUUACUGUGAUAUAUAUCACACACAACAUUCAUAGCACGGAAAGCAUAGAACGAGGCAGAGAGUAAUACGUGUAAUAUAAUAGUGCAUAUUGAGUCAAUAUACUCUAAGUAUAUGCAUGGUAAUAGAAAGUAUAACAAAAUAAACCACGUUCUAGUGGUCUUAUGGUUAGGUUUUUAAUAAAGGUUUAAAGACUAUACGUAUAAAACAUAAGUAUAUUAGGUUGUUUAAAUAAUUCUGCGCUCCUCUCAAAGCAAAUUUGCGAAGUUAGGAGACUCAGCAUUUUUUGAACAAUUUAAUAUAAUAUAAUAAUAUGUAUACUAUCUUAACAUAUAUUUAAGCAAAGCGUUACAAGUUACAAUUUACUAACGAUAAGUAGUAAGUACACAUAUAUAACUCUAUAAUACAUUACAGACAUUCUUCGCCAUUGGCUAUGGCGAUCUACAAGUUCAAACCUACUGUGGCAGGUCUUUGGCCAUCUUAACUGGUGUCGUUGUGAGUUUUAAGUAGUAGUAUCAAGGCCUGAUUGAAAAACAUAUUAUUAUAGCUAUAUUUAAACUAGGGCAUGGGGAUGAGAGGGGGUAAGUAGCUUUGAUUAGGGGAGGAUAAGCUUAAUAGUUUCCAUUAGAAAGUAUAUGGUAUUUGUUGUGUUAUGUUAGGUACAGUAUACGCUGUGUUAAGUGUUGUAUUAGGUACAGUAUAUGUUGAGUUAGGUAGAUAUUAUUUUAGGUUAGAUAGUGUCUCAAAGGCUUUAUGGUAUAUUUUUGCGCUUACAGGGUGCCAUCUUUUCUUCAUUGAUUACCGUACUCCUCAGUCAGAAGAUGUUACUGUCAUUGGCCGAAAAACGUGUAAACCAAGUUAUCGCGGAGAGUCAGUUGGCUAACAAGUAAGGUUACAUUUGGGUAUCUACAUCAACUACUUUAUAUGGUUUUUAUAGCAGGAUACUGUAAUUUAAAUUCUAUUUGCUUUCUCAUCUUCAAGGUCUUUGCUCAAGAAAAAUAUUCACGUAGACUUUUAUGUUAUUAUGCACUAUACAUACAUAUUAUUAUACCAUGUAUAACUAUAUAUAAACUAAAUACAUCUCUACAGCCACAAAAACGCGGCCGCAAUAGUUCUACAGUCAACAUGGCGAGUGGUACGAUGGCAGCGGAGAGUGGAGUAUCAGAAGAAUGCGUCGAAGAAGGACUUGUUCCACCUGAGACUGGCUCAACGGAACCUGCUACAGUCAGUUGUCAACUUCAGGAAGUGCAGAUGGAAGUUGAGGAUGCGACAAGAGGAGGAAGAUGAUGCCAUUACUAUCAGAAGGGUGGGUAACGUCAAUAUACGUAUUUUAUAACUGUAGUAGUUACUGUACCAAAAUGUCUGUGUAUUCAUCCUAAAUACGUUAGUGUACCCAUCGUAUCUUCAACAAGGUGCAUUUCAGGCGUUCACAGAAACCGAGGAACGACUUCGGAUGCUGCGUGCACGCCAACAACAGGUCGCUUCUCAUCUUCAAGGUCUUUGCUCAAAAGUGGAUCGCCUCUCACGGCAGUGCACUCGGCAUUACGGUACUCCGGGCUACAGUAAUCCCCGUCCGAAAACACCUCAGUCCAACGGUUAUUACAGAGAAGAAACAGGUCUCGCCGUCUAA